AUGGGGCCGUGGGAGGUGCACAGACUCCAGUUUCUGAAGGAAAAUUUCCUGAUCUCUGACGGAAGCCCGGAGCCCUCCAUCUCAGAGAUGCUGUCACUGCUGCUGCCCCUGCUGUGGGCAGGGUCCAUGGCUCAAGAUGGGAGAUUCUGGCUGCAAAUGCAGCAGUCUGUGACAGUGCAGGAGGGUCUGUGUGUCCAAGUGCCCUACACUGCAUUCUACCCAGGGGAUGGUGGGACUGACUCUACCGCAGGCUACGACUACUGGUUCCGGGAAGGAGCCGAUAUAUACCAGGAUGCUCCUGUGGCCACGAACAACCCAGGUCGUAAAGUGCAGGAGGCAACCCAAGGCCGAUUCCACCUCCUUGGGGACCCCCAGAUCAAUGACUUCUCCCUGGACAUCAGAGAUGCCAGGAGGAGUGACAAUGGAAAAUACUUUUUAUGGCUGGAGAAAGGAAAGAUUGUAGGAUAUUCUUACAGAUGUAACCAGCUCACUGUCCAUGUGACAGCCCUGACCCACACACCCCACAUUCUCAUUCGGGGGACCUUGGAGUCCGGCUGCCCCAGGAACGUGACCUGCUCUGUGCCCUGGGCCUGUGAGCAGGGCACAUCCCCCAUUUUCUCCUGGACAUCAGCUUCCCUCACCUCCCUGGGCCCGAGGACCCAGUUUUCCUCAGUCCUCACCCUCACCCCAUGGCCCCAGGACCAUGGCACCAACCUCACCUGUCAGGUGAAGUUCCCUGCGGCUGGUGUUACCGUGGAAAGGACCAUCCAGCUGAAAGUCACCUGGAGAUCAGGGCCUGUGGCAGAGGUGGUUCUGGUGGCCAUUGGGGAAGCAGCUGUGAAGACCCUGCUCCUCCUCCUCUGCCUCAUCUUUCUUGUGUGA